CUUUAUCGUUGUCAUUUUUCUCCUGCAAAGAGAACUAUCCACCCACUGUUCGCCAAACAAUGAACGAGGAGAUGACAAAAAGCGAGGAGCAGCAUCUGAGUUUGCAGAAAGCCUUGCAGCAGUGCGAGUUGGUGCAGAACAUGAUAGACAUAAGCAUCUCUAGUUUGGAGGGUUUACGGACCAAAUGUGCCACAUCCAACGACUUGACGCAAAAGGAGAUAAGAACGCUGGAGGGGAAGUUGGUGAAGUACUUCAGCCGCCAGCUGUCCUGUAAGUGCAAAGUGGCCUUAGAGGAGCGAAAUGCCGAGCUGGAAGACUUCCCUCGCCUCGGCCACUGGUUCCGUAUCGUCAAUCUGAGGAAAGAGGUCACGGAGGAGAUGAACGCAGGAGAGGUGACUCUGGAGGGUCUGCUGGAGAUGAGCGACAACCAGGUGUGUGAGCUGCUGCAGAAGUUUGGUGCCAAUGAAGAAGAAUGUGCCCGACUCAACGCUUCCCUUUCUUGCCUCAAGAAGGCCCACCAGCUUGAACAACAUGAGGGGGAUAAAUUGCACAGUAAUGGAGGGAGCCAGGCAAAACAGGACUGGUCCAUCCAGUGGCCCACCUCUGAAUCUGGCAAGGAAAACACUCCAGUGUGCCAGCCAGAGCCCAGUCAGUGGAUUCGUUUCCAGCUCUCCCAAAGCCCCCAAGUCCAGUCCAAAUACAACCAGCACAUGUGCCAUAGCCCCCAGGCCCUGGCCCCCCCUUUGUAUGCUGAUCGACUUACUGUUGAAAACCCAGCCACGGGACUCUUCCCUUCCUUGGACUCUGGCCAUCGCUCACUGCCCCCGUCACCCCGCCAAAGGCAUUUUGGCCACACGCCUCCUCGGACUCCUUUGGUGGUCAACACCAUGACUCCACCUGGCACCCCCCCUAUGCGACGAAGGAACAAAGUGAAGGCCCCGGGAACACCGCCUCCACCGAGCCGCAAGCUCAUCUAUCUGCUGCCUGGCUUUACCGCGCUGCACCGCAGCAAAUCCCACGAGUUCCAGCUCGGGAACCGCCUGGAAGACACGCAGACACCAAAAGCCAAGAAGAAGACAAAGCCCUUGAACCUUAAGAUCCACAGCAGCGUGGGGAGCUGUGAGAACCUGCCCACGCAGCGGUCGCCCCUCCACACCGAGCGAUCGCUGCGCUCCUUCUUCUUCCCCUCCUUCAUCCCCUCCACACCUCCUGUCCACGCUGAAACGCCCUCUGCAAACACCCUCUCAGUGCCUCGCUGGUCCCCACAGAUAGCCCGAAGAGAUUUGGGAAACUCAAUAAAACACAGGUUUUCCACAAAGUACUGGAUGUCCCAGACAUGCAUAGUGUGUGGAAAGGGAAUGUUGUUUGGGCUGAAAUGUAAAAACUGCAAGUUGAAGUGCCACAACAAAUGCACCAAAGAAGCCCCACCUUGCCACUUACUGAUCAUACAGCGAGGCGGACGAGAGUCACUCAAAGAUCAACAAGGAACGAUUCAAGUAGCUCGCCUGGUACGGACUGAAUCAGUGCCAUGUGACAUCAACAACCCGCUCAGGUACACAGACCUGCACAUCAGUCAGACGCUCCCCAAAACCAACAAAAUCAACAAGGAUCACAUCCCAGUACCAUACCAACCGGACUCCAGCAGCAAUCCGUCAUCCACCACUUCCUCCACCCCGUCCUCCCCAGCUCCUCCCUUACCCAGCAGUGCCACUCCCCCCUCCCCCCUGCAUCCCUCCCCACAGUCGGCACGGCAACAAAAACAGUUCAACUUGACAGCCUCCAGUUAUUUUAAAUACAAACAACAGUUCAUCUUUCCGGAUGUUACUCCAGAGGCGCCUCCCAGCAGAGCUCCGCAGGUCAUUCUGCACCCGGUCCUUUCCGAACCAGGGAAUGAAGGAAACCCGCUACUUCAGAUCGAAGUUGAGCCCACAUCAGACAAUGAAGAUGGCAACAACGAGGAUUCUGGCGAUGAGUUUGAGGAGAUGAAUCUGUCGCUCCUGUCGGCCCGAAACUUCCCACGCAAGGCCAGUCAGACCAGCAUUUUCCUGCAGGAGUGGGACAUCCCCUUUGAGCAGCUGGAGAUCGGAGAGAUGAUCGGAAAAGGGCGUUUCGGCAAAGUGUUCCACGGCCGGUGGCACGGGGAGGUCGCCAUCCGCUUGAUCGACAUCGAGCGUGACAACGAGGACCAGCUGAAGGCCUUCAAACGUGAGGUGAUGGCCUACCGCAACACUCGCCAUGAGAAUGUGGUGCUGUUCAUGGGGCUGUGCAUGAGCCCGCCACAUCUGGCCAUCAUUACCAGCCUUUGUAAAGGCAGGACACUUUACUCGGUGGUGAGGGAUCCCAAGGUGGUCCUGGAUGUUAACAAGACCCGGCAGAUCGCACAAGAGAUGGUCAAGGGGAUGGGGUACCUCCACGCUAAAGGGAUUUUGCACAAAGACAUGAAGUCCAAGAAUGUGUUUUAUGACAACGGCAAAGUCGUCAUCACUGACUUUGGACUGUUUACCAUAUCUGGAGUUCUGCAGGCUGGCAGCCGAAGAGAAGACAAACUGAGAAUCCCCAACGGCUGGCUGUGUCACCUGGCCCCAGAAAUAAUCCAGCAGCUUUCUCCGGACACAGAGGAGGACAAGCUUCCUUUCUCCAAACAGUCAGACGUCUUUGCUUUUGGAACCAUCUGGUACGAGUUACACGCACGUGAGUGGCCUUAUAAGAAUCAGCCAGCAGAGGUGAUCAUAUGGCAGAUCGGCAGCGGCAUGAAGCCCAACCUCGCCCAAACCGGCAUGGGGAAGGAGAUACUGGACAUUCUGCUGACGUGCUGGGCGUACAAGCAGGAGGAGCGGCCCACCUUCUCCAAGCUCGUAGAUUUACUGGAAAAGUUGCCAAAACGGAACCGCCGCCUUUCCCACCCCGGCCACUUCUGGAAGUCAGCUGAGGGCACAUGCCAAGGAUUCAUUGGGCUCAGAUGGUGAAAGAGUGGUCCAGAGUCCAGACCUUAACCCCGGUGAGAAUCUUUGAGAUGUGCUGGAGAAGGUUUUGUGCAGCGGUCCGACUCCACCCUCACCAGUGCGAGAUCUUAGUGAAGCAUGAACGCAACACUGGAUGGAAAUAACGCUGGUGACGCUGCAGAAGCUUAUCAAAGCACAACGGAAGUGCGCCGUGAUCAAAGCUGUGUGCAGCCCUUUUUUUUGGACCGGGUAAUGUACAUUAAAGAUCACCUGAGGUGAUAAAUCUAACAGCUUUAACUGAACUUUUUUUCUACAAGCCUUCAAGAGUGUGCUCCUUUCACCAGCCUUUACAGAAAAGAUCAAGGCCGGUUAUGCAAACUCUCUGUUCUUCUUUUCAAACACGAUUUGGCUUCACAAUCGUCUCCGUUCACAUGUUUGAAAAUAGCAGAUCUGGAAUCCCUUACGCACGGGGUUGUCUUUAUUCUUUCAAAGACACCCACAUGGCUUAAUAAGCUGCAUUUGAUUUGACCAAAGGUUUGGAAAGCAAACAAAUAUCAGAACUGGAACCAGCAAAUUGGGGCAGGUUCUGCUUUACUGAGCCCAAAGUGAUGCCAGUUAAGGAGAUGCUUGUUGAGCCCCGGAGCUAAAAAAGAUAUCGACAGCACCUGCAUAUUCGUCACAUAAGUCCCACGCAGCUGUUGGCCUCAUUCAGUGAGCAAACAAAUUUAACGCUAAUGCCAUAAAUAUUCAUCUUGUCAAAUCAAACAGAGAUGUCAGACUGACGGAGAACAGCCAGAGGCAGCUUGUCUGUUUGGUGGCGAUGUCACAUCGUGACCAAAGAACCUGACAGUGGUGCAGCACCUUACCGCUGCUGGGCCAGCCACACUGGUCUGAACUGUACACGCCAAAAAUAAACCUUACAUAAUGGAAGAGGAUGGAGGAUACGACCCGUCUCUCCCUCCGGCAGCGCUCACCCAUCUGGCAGACAAGAACAGCGCGACUCGGACGCGCGGAGAUCCAUCAUGUUUCCUGCUCUGCACCACAUGUAGAGGAAAAGAGAGCUGACAUUUUAGUCCAGGAUGCGGGUUUCAUGCUUUGUGUCGGUAGAGUUAGGGUUGGGGUUAGGGUGCUACAGGAGCUCUUUAAAAAUACGCCUGGUAACAUUUUUCAUUUACUCCCAUGUCUACAGCCUAAAAGGAGGAGGUGAAAGAAGCAGAGUUCAGCCCAGCAGAUUGUUGUUUUGCCAGAUUUAGUCACAAAACAGCUGUUUUUUUAAGUGUCAUGUGUGACUACUAUCAAAGUGUUUGAUGAUUUUAACUGCUUGUUUCAAGCAGCACAUUUUUUAAUGGCAAAAAUGGACUAAAAUACAGUUUUUUGCAUCAGAGCUUGUCUGAAUAUGUAGAGCGUGGUGUCCUACAAGGCUGUGUGUUAAGAUUACAUCUAGUUUAAUGUUGUUUCUGUUCUUCCUGCUCUAGGCUGUAACGGAGACAUCGACGGGACUGUGUCUUUGCGUGAAGCUCAUCCUCUGCUCUGCUUAAAUCUGUUUCAUCGCCCACCUGCCUGCUUUGCCUCUCGCUUUGCCCCACCUUGCUUCCACAGCCUGCCCCCGCCCCCCCUCACCGUUACUGCUGCACCCUGUCAACACAAACACACAGACUGACUGGACCCUUUAGCGGUCGGUGUUGGCCCGCUUUGCCAGAGCGGCCGACGAAACAAAACCGCAGACUUUGAAACAGAGAGGCCUUUUUCCAAUCUAUGCCUGAAGAUAAUUGUGAUGAUUGUGAAAGAGACACGCCACAUUACAUUCAACGAAAACCUUUUUCAUUUGUAACACAUUCCUUUUGCUUAAUUCUCCUUUAGGAACAUUAGAUCUUCACAACAUUCAUCGUAAUGAUGGUUUCUUUCACAAAACAUGUCCCAUCAUUCACACGAUAGACCCUGUUUGAGAGGUUUUACCAGCCGACUUUUUAUUAAACCUGAAAGCAUGUUUCAAACUUUCUUGGUACCUUAGACUUACGUUUGGAUUUUGAUGGAUUAAGGAAUAUUUUUCUUGCACUAAUUUCAGUUAUACUACAGUAUUACUACAAGAUUGCCCUUUUAUACUUCAUUUUAUGUUGUGUCUUUCAAAAGAAACUGUAAAAAAAAGGACGUGUCUUAUGAGAAAACAGCAAAACCACAAUCUUCUUAAUAUUAUCUGAUUUUAAAAAAAUUCUCACAGUUGGGGCCAACUGACCCACCUGCAUUAUUGUAAACCUUAAACUAGGCAAAAGGAAACAAUUAGUUUAGGCCAAAGUAGCCCAAGAUCAGAUGAUUUUCUGAGGUGAAGACCUCUAGUCACCAUUGCCAUUAAACUGAUAUAAUUGGUGCCAAAAUUGAAGCUGAUGUGUCCUUUUAUCAAAAUGUGAUCAUUUGGAAAGCCGGAUGCAGUUGAAUAGAGCGAAAGACGGACUUCGAAGCUGCAGAAACUCGAAUGUUUCAUUAAAUCUAUUUUUAAAUUUGAGUGCAUCUUUUGCAAAGAAGACGAAAUGCAGCGAUCGCCAACUGAGCCGAACAGAUUCUAUGAAGCACAAAAAAAUUUGUACAUUAAAAACAAAAUGACACACAAAGGGAAAAAUGCAGAAAAAUAUUGCUAUCGUUUAUUUUUGCUUGUUUGUUUUUGGUGAAAGCACCGUUACGGUUCGAACACCGUCCAGCUGUGUGACUCCUACAGGUCAUUCCAGGCUGUAACCUGCUAAUGAGCACUAAACAGCUGCACCUGCGCUGUCAAAGGUUAAGUGCCUUAGGGGCAUCAGAAGCAGGAGUUAUUAAAAAAAUUAUAUUUUUUAAAAUUUUCCUUGUUAGCACCAAGAUUUUUCACCAGUUCUCUCUAAAUGCAUGCACUCAAGACCUUUAAUGGCUGCACAAUUGUUAACAUUUCUAUAACAUUCCCAUUUUUUGCAUCCCUGAGUGCUGAACUUUUAGGGAUCUUUUUAUUUGAAAUUUACCUUCUGUUAUUAUGAUUUUUUUUCUACAAAGAAAUUGUAAAACUCCAGUGAAGCUAUUUAUUAUAAACUAGUGAAAAAGGUAAAAGAUCCUCAGCGCUGGAGGAGGAAAUCAAACCUUCCAACAUCCCAGUUAAACCGAUUCCAUUACACAGUCUGCUCACUUAGAAUCGGUGCACAUAUUUGUCUGAAGAGGGAAAUUAAUCUUUUCCAUGUGAGUGAGAGAGAAAAAAGGAAUGAAUGAAUUCCAGAAAUCCAGAAGAAUGCUAAACGCCUCCAUUGGUAUUCACAUCCAGCGUGAUGAACGUGUCGUCUUUGCUGUGAAGAACACACUUCAGAGGCGUCUAAGUUGGUGGGAGAUUGUAUUUGUAAUAAAUAUGCACGGGGUUUGCACGGGCACAAUAUUCUGGCAGAACUUUGUAUUUGUUGAAAAAACGUUGAGCUAAUUGACCCCCACCCCGCCACACACACACACACACACACACACACACACACACACGCACACACACACACUCACAACCAAAAAGGCUAUGCAAUGUUAAACAAAGACCACGCCCUCUUCUACACCCUAAAAUGUGCAGCUCUGAUAUUCGCCCAGACCUUGGUUUAAUCAGCUGACUCUGAAAAAAAACUUUAAUAAUUUAAAUUUUCUUUUUGUGAAUUUCAGCAAAACUUUUCUGCAAUAAAAUGCUUUAAUCUCUCUUUCACUUUGCAGAAUCUGUAAAUUCAUUCCUCUAAACCCACUUUCCACAUUCAUGGCUGCAGCACUCGGCUCACAGCUGCCGUAACGUUGCAGCGCAAUCCGUUUCAUUGGGUUCUUUGCAUGUAAUUCAAUGUGAAAAUGUGAGACCUUGGAAAGAUGAAAUUUAAAAUGCUCCAUAUUUUCUGAUGAGUUCAUUUUUUUCGUUUUGAGCCGCUGCUGUUGCAUGCUCACAGUAGAGGCGACAUGAAGCCUGGAAAGCUUUUCACGUGGUUGCAUACUGUGACAAUAGUCUCCAAUUAGCAGCACAAUUUUCACGACUGAUGUCUGUUUUAUGUUGUGUUUUGUGGACUGUCAGAGUGAGCUCUGACGGCAUUAGAAGGGCACAAUAACCUGCUUUCAGUGUUCCCCGUGUUCAAAAGCCCAACGCAAGGCCCACGUACAAAAAUAUAGGAACCACUUGCACUUUGUGUACUUCCACUUCAGCAGAUGAUGAACAAAAUAACAAUAAUAAUGAAAAACAACAGUUAAACAUUUCCACCUGGGUCCUGUGUGUCUAAAAACAUUCAUUUUAUUUAUUUGUUUUCCUAUUUUUUAUAGUUUAAGUCUACUACAAGAAAACUCCAUCAGACCUAUUUUUCUCCACCUACGAUUAACCUUCCUGCAUGAACUUGAUAAAAAAGGGAGCUUGUGGAGAUUAAAUAUGACAAUGGAGCAUUCGAAUUAAACAAGAGGGAGGGAACUGUCAUUCACAGAUGAAGAAAGAGCACCAGACUGCAAAACGAGGAGUUCUCAGCCCUCGUGCUUGCCUAAUUUCUUGUAUCCAAACAAAUAUUUACUGACUCGAGGCAGUCACCUGUGGGAAACCAGCUUUCCAUUAAAACCUCUGAUGAGUACAUGCAGAUGCAAAGAUGUUUAUUUUCUUACUGACGACAGCUUUCAGCUCAUUGCUCACGACGAUACGGUGUGAAGUGAUGGAGAAGGAUGCCUACGCACUUGUUGCAUUCGAGUUUCCUCACAGCUUAUGAGUUCAGUGGGAAGCAUAUCCUUGGAAACUGUGAGAAACACCAUGACAUAGUCUCCUGUAGCUGUUGCGUGGUGCAAGGGUGCACUGAAAAGGCUUCAUGCAAUCCUGUCAUUUUGUUCCCCGCAUGUCUUUUUUUUUCAUUUGGAAAUGUUCAAAAACUGCGUUUGUCAUCGAAUCAAAGGCAAACUUGAGAAUGUACAGGCUGAUGUCAAACACAGGCAGCUUUUUCAAAAAGGGCAAAGCUCAUCCCAAAAAACCGAAGACUGCCCUGAAAACCUCGUUUAUGAUGACAUUUCUACAGCUGCUGGUUCACAUCUGGUUUCAGAUUCAUGCUUUUUCUUUGUUUUCUUUAAACGAAGUUUUAUUGUUCAUCCGGUGCGUGUGCCCCUGAGUCGUACACCACCUCACUUCUUUACCACCUUUGUUGUUUUUAAACCGCUCUGCUGCAAGAAUCAUGAUGCAAAUCCAUCGUGCUCCUUCUCAUGACUGUGUUAACGACAAAUCACACGAUGGAAGUCAGCCGCUCGCUCUUCGCCAUCAUUGGGGUGUCAUCGUCAUCAUCACCACGACGACAUCAGCCACACACAAUGCUGUCCUUACACUCAAAAGGAGCACAUCGAUCAUUCAAGCUCGUAAACGAACCUUCAUUUGUAUAAUUUGUACAGAAAAGUUUAUAAGAGUUUUCUACCCUUCCAGAAAUGAUUUAGUUUCUGCUGUUCAACUGAAUGUCAACAAAUCAAAAUGUGCAGGCCUUGUUAUGAGAAAAUGUGUGUUUUUUGUGCAACAUUUGAAUACGCCCGACUGUCCAGAAGAAGAAAAAGUCAAUAAAACUUGAGUGAUAAGUU